AUGGCCAAGCUGGGUGGUCUACCCGCCGAACUUAUUGACGCCAUCUGCGCCGGGCUGCGUCGACGGGACCUGGCCGCGUUCAUCCGCACGGACCGCCACUUGAGCCGCCGAUGCCUCCGCACGCUGGAAGGGAGUCCGAUGCUGGCGGAACACGUCAACAUAAUGCUCAUGUGCGCCUCUGUCUUCCUCCGCGCGCUUGUGUCGCUCAUGCGAGUCGCCAGCGGUUGGCAACUGGAGCCUCUCCUCCAGGGAUUCGCCAAGCUCCAUGUAUCGGCUUACAUUUCUCCACCCCCACCGCUAUUCGCAUGUCUUGUGUCUUCCUCCGACUUGCACUUCCCGCUGCUCCAGAUGUGCGACCUGCCGGGCAGUCCGACUCCCCCAAUCGUGGACUUCCUCGAAGAACAUCCUCACAUUUCGAGUCUGGUGGUGUCCUACCCUCCGAGCCGCACUCCGCAGAGCGAUAUCGAAAUCCCUCCCACUCUCCGGCUCCCCCUUCUGAACAAGUUCAACGGGCCGCCUUCUUUUGCGGUCAUGCUCCUCCCGCACGCGCGCGUCGAGCGGCCACACAUUCUGUGGCCUGCGAGCUCUUUCACCGCCGAGAGCGUCCAAACUGUCUUUGCCGCUGCCGCACGUGCCGCUGUCGAGGUUUCUGUCAUCAGAAACACGGUCCCGCGUUACAGCACCUUCAUCGCGGCCGCAGCGGCCACCCAUCUGCCCAAUAUCCAGGUGUUCACCAUGGUCGUCAAUGCACCAGCCGUCCCCGAUGAACGCGUGACGUUCUAUGCCAGUGUCACGAGCGCGCUCCCCGCUUUAACGGCGCUCACCACCAUCCGUCUGCACGAAUUCGACUCGGUCCGCAGAUUCUACGACGAGUCGCGCACCACCGAGUCCUUCGACGCGGAAGCCGAGGAGGAAUUCGCCAUCGUCCGGCGGUGGAGCGCUGUCUGCCCCACCCUCGUGCGCGUCGCCGUCCAGCUCUUCUAUGAGUGGCUCUGCCCCACGGCGGCGGUCGGGACGAACUCGGUCUGGGUCCCGAGCAAAGUAGUGCCGCGGGCCACCGGCGUGUCGCGGAGCAGGUCGAUGUGGUGGGCAAAGAAAGUGCUGACAGACGAAACCCUGCCGUCAACAUAUCUGCGCUAUCUGCGGGAGAUGAUUGGCACCGAGGCCGCGGACGAUAUGGAUCCAAGGACUGCAUUGGAAGAGUUUAAAACACGCCAUGACGCGCUGCAUGUCGUGCAAUAG